AUGCCUACAAGUUACAAGCGCAAGAGUAACCGGCAGUCAUGGACCGCUCAGCAGUUGGAACAAGCCAUUAAGGCUGUAAAAAGUGGAUCACCGGUGAAGACAGCAGCAAGAAGUUACGCAAUCCCAAGAUCCACACUGAUUCGCCACCUCACAAGUCCAACUGUAUCAACUCGGCUAGGACCUCUUGAUUCCGUAUUCAAUUCUCAACAAGAAGAGGAGCUGGUACAACAUCUGUUGGAUUUGGAAAAGAGGUUCUAUGGAAUAACGAUGACUAAUUCUACCAAGAUGGCUGGAAAGGCUUGGCUAAGCAAUUUUCUGAAACGAAAUCCCAAAUUGUCGUUCCAUAAACCUGAAGCUACCUCUGCCGCCCGAGCCAAAGGCUUCAAUAAGCCAGCAGUAUCUGCGUUUUACGAUUUGCUGGAAGAAGCGCUGAAAAAUCCCAAAUUGACGCCAGAUCGUGUUUUGAACGCCGAUGAGACUAGUGUUUGUACCGUUCCUCCGAAGAAGUCUAAGGUAGCGGCAUUGAAAGGACAAAAAAUCAGGUUGGUGGUAUUACAUCUGCGGAACGCGGAGAAACAGCUACGGCAGUCCGCAACCGGACAGCACCUUCCGUCGUUCUUCAUUUUUCUUCGCAUGCGGAUGCACGAAGCUUUGAAGAAAGGGGCAUCACGUGGAAGCAAAUUUGCCUGUAAUGCAUCGGGUUACAUGACGGUCGAAAUAUUCAAUGAGUGGUUCGAUCACUUUUUGGAGCAUGUAAAACCUUCUGAAGACAGUCCUGCUUUGCUCAUAAUUGAUGGCCACUCGUCGCACACGAAGAAUCUAGCUUUUACCGAGAAAGCUAGAGCUAACUUUGUUAAGGUUCUAGUUUUACCAUCUCACACUAGCAACAAACUUCAACCGCUUGAUGUAUCCUUUAUGGCACCUUUCAAGACGUACUACGCACAGGAAGUAGAGCGUUUCCUACAACAGAAUCCAGGUAAAGUCGUCAGCCAAUAUGACGUUGCCGAGCUCAUGAAACCUGCAUUCAUCAAGGCGGCUUCGAAAAAACAGGAAUUUGACCAUUUGAUCGCAAUAUUUUUUCCGAUGAUGACUUUGCCCCGGCCAUGGCUGAUUUCGUAG